UUUUAUCAUCCCAUUGCCAUGGCGAUGGCAAUGGCGCUGUCCUCCUCCCGGGAGCCGCGCGCUCCACUCCGCGAUACUUACACAGGAAGACGAUUCCAGCGCCGGCAUUGGAGGCGCAUUUCUGCCGCGCAGGCCAGCGACGAUUUCAUGACACAGAUUCUGAGGGAGAAUCCCAGCAGAGUGGAGAGGAAGUGCCUGUCUGGAGAUAGAAUGCUCUCGCUCAAGGAAUGGCGAUUGCAAAGAGUGCCGCUAUGGUCUAAACUUCUCGCGAAAAUCGAGCCAUUGGUUGAAAAGGCUCGUGAAGUUCGUCCCCAGGAGAAAAAAACUCCCGAGACGACUUCUCAGGCUGCGAAAGGAAGGUCUGUUUUCUUGCCUGACCUUCUUCGAGCAUAUAAGGGGAAUUUAUACGUUCCAGAGGAGAUUUUCAUGGGCCACGUUGCAGAAGCGGAAGAAUUCGCUAGGGAAUUUGCCGAGUUGCCUGUCAUGAUUUUCCAAGACUUUGUCAAUGUGAUGCAAUCCGAUCAAGUUGCACAGAUCAAGUCGAAAGGAACUCAGUUCAUUGUGGAACUGAAAGAACUCUCGGGAGAAAGAAGUGCACAAGCUCAAAAAUGGUCCAUGCAGCUGACUGAAGCUCAAGCGAAAUACGUCCUUUCUCAGUAUAGAGGCUAUCAUCACGAAAUCCAGCCGCGGUUCGCACCAACCGUGAUCCAGCCUCCUCCAACGCCAAAUCCUGUGUCAUCGGCAAUAUCAAACCGCUUGAUGCUGGAACUUUCGACUGUAGUAAGUCUCAUCUCGGUAGCUGCAUUUGCGGUCGGCAAAUUUGCGGCUGGUGCUGCUUCAGCUCUCGCAAGUGUUGCAGCUUUCGUUAUUUUUCGAGUUCUCCUUCCCACUAUCACUCCUAUCAUGGGCCCCUUCUUAUCUUUGACAAUGGGAGUUGUGCGCAUCAUUCUUGGGACUGGGGAAGCAGGGAUGAGAACGGGAUUACUCGGCUUGUUUACAGGAUUCACAGGCUUUGUUACCAGUGGCGACUUACUUUCUGCGCUUCGAAUUAUAAUCUCGAUGAUCUUUGUUAUCGUGAUGAUGGCAGCCUUCGCAAAGUUUACCAUAACCAGGAGGUCGAGAGAUCACCAAAAGUGGGAUAUAUGGCAAGCUAUUGAAUUUGGACAAUCUAAGCCCCAGGCUCGCGUAAAGGGAUCUACUGGAGUAAUGUUCAAGGACGUAGCAGGAAUCGAUGAAGUUGUAAAGGAGUUGCAAGAGUUGGUCGUGUACCUUAAAGAUCCGGAACGAUUUGCCAGGAUGGGUACAAAACCACCCCAUGGGGUGCUUCUUGAAGGGCCUCCUGGUUGUGGAAAGACUUUACUUGCAAAGGCGGUAGCAGGCGAGGCAGGAGUACCGUUUUACCAGAUGGCAGGCUCUGAGUUUGUAGAGGUGCUUGUUGGUGUGGGAGCUGCUCGCAUGCGUGAUCUGUUCUUGCGUGCCAAGGUAAAUCGUCCAGCAGUCGUGUUUAUUGACGAGAUUGAUGCGCUGGGAGGCGCACGAUCGGAAUUCCACGGUAAACGUGCAAUGGAUGACAAAACUGCUACGUUCCAUGCGGGAACUCAAGAGCGUGAAACUACGCUUAACCAGCUUUUAAUAGAGUUGGAUGGGUUUGAUACCGGCAAAGGUGUUAUAUUUCUGGGUGCAACCAACCGUGCUGAUAUGCUUGACCCAGCUCUCCUCAGGCCUGGCCGUUUCGAUCGAAGAAUUCUUAUCAGCCCUCCAAAGGCCAGCGCUCGCUACGAGAUUUUGAAGGUCCACUCUGAAAAGGUGAAACUAGAUUCCUCGGUUGAUCUGUGGCCUUACGCGAAGAGUCUCAACGGAUGGAGCGGCGCUGAGCUCGCUCAGCUUAUGCAAGAGUCUGCUUUGGUCGCCAUAAGAAAGGGCCAUAAAUCUAUUACACGGCACGAUGUUGACACUGCUGUAGACAGACUUACAAUCGGCCCCGAAGUAUAUGGUGUUGGACGACGACAGUCGGUCCACCGCCGUCUGGCUUCGAUCGAAAUAGGGAUGGCAAUGGUGGCUCAUCUUCUUCGGUCUACAGAGAACGCUGAAGUGGAGCCAUGUGACAGGAUUUCGAUUGUUCCUCGUGGAAAGACAUACUCAAGAACCAUCUAUCAUACUCUAGACGAUGACGCCUACCUUUUUGCUCGACGUCCUACGCUGAUUCAUCGGCUUAAGGUGAUGCUCGGAGCACGAAUCGGGGAGGAGCUUAUAUAUGGACACGAUACAUCAACAUUGUCUGCAGCGUAUCUAGCUGACGCGAGCUGGCUAGCACGAAAAAUAUUUUCUAUAUGGAACGUAGACGGACGUAUUUCAAUGCAUGGUGAAAGAUCGCCAUGGGAACGAUCCUCACAAUUCGGGCCUCCAACUUGGUUUGAAGGUGGACUAUACAACGAUUACGAUCUCGUCGGUCAGUCCAUAGAUCCUCGAAUGGAUGAGGAUGUAGCGGUGCGCACAAAAGCUCUAAUGGAGAAAGCCUAUGACGAGACUUUGUCGCUGCUAAAACCGUACAAGGCGGCACUGACGAAGGCAUUACACGUGAUUAUGGAGAAAGAAGAAAUGUUUGGAGAAGAGCUGGAUGUUAUUCUUAAGCGCUACCCGUCCGGAUAUCAAGUGGAGCUCGUGGAUAGUGAAGAACAGCCAGGCUAUCUUGUGUCCGAUUCCAGUGACACUAAGUUGGUUCUCGAGCUCGCAGGUGGAUCAUCCAAAGAGUCUGCGUGGUCGAAGAACAAUGAUACAAUGGCAUGAGGCUAGUCCGGUGAUGUCACCAAAAGAGAGCAGCGAGCGUCAAUUGUGGUGGCUACAAGAAGAUGCUGUACGACGACGGCUGGGCCUAGCUGCGAUUCAGACUGAGCACUGGCUUGGGUUCAUGCGUGUAGUGUAAGCGAUGGAGAAGAUAAUCUAGCAAGGACAAGGUGGGUUUUUCCUUCU